UUGUUCCUUCACAUUCUCCUAUUUUUCUUACCUUGCUUUAUCCUCUAAAUAUUCUUGGGUGAAGAAGAGUGUUUUGAGUUAGGUGAUUCUAUGAAUAGUGCAGAUUCAUAGAGUGUAAUUAUAAAGCUGUAGCAUCCUGGGGGCGACAUGCUUAAUAUAUCUCUGCUGCAUCGGUUGAUCUACUCUCCGCAGAAGCAUGGAGGAGAAUGCUCGAGGAACAACAACAGCUGCUGGGAGAUCCCCAUAGGUCAUCACUGCCAGGUGGUGGUACAGUGCGACGAACAGGAGAGGAGCCCCUGGUUGUUGCCCGAUGAGGGGCACGCUGACCAAAAGAGACUGAAAGUGCAGCUUUCACAGAAUGUGGUCGACGGGCAGUGUCAUCAGAUCCAUGACGAUUGGAAUCCCCAAUUGCACCAGAAGGUUUUGUAGGGAGCUUCAUCUUUUCAAGAUUAGAUGCAACCUGCCGCACUACAGGAACAGGGACACGGGGGAAAAGAGUAUCAAAGUAGUACUGCAACCACGAAAAAGGCAAUGUCAAAAAUGUUUAAUCCAGGAAAUUUUAACUAAGGGAAAAUAUUGCGAGGUAAACAAUAAGGAAUUUUGGAACUUUCAUAACAAUUAAAAAAAUCCUAGUUCCCUAACUACAGCAACAUAUUUCAUAUAAACCUAGAGGUGAACUAGACAAAUAAAGGAACUUGUAGAAGUAGGGAGUCCUAAGUAAAUUAGUAGCAUAAAUUAAAAUAGCAAUUCUCUGUUAAGCAUCGGACCCUAUAAGGGGCAACUUCUAUGCCGUGCUUCAAGGGUUCCAAUCCAAGGCCAAUGAAAGCAGCAUGCACUGGGCCUGCAUUAUCACUACAAAUCAGUGAAAUGCAUUGAAACAUAGCAAAACUUCAUAAGGAAAAGCAGAUAGAGGAAGAAAGAGUACCUUAUUACACGGGUAAAACAUUGAAAUAAUACUGAACAUAUAAUCACAGUUUCAUAAAAAGGAUGUGCUUGCUUCAUAAACUUGGACCUGUAUAGCUUAAGAUCACCUUGGAUGUUCCCUGUUAUGAUGUGCACUGCUACUUUUGAAAUUUUAUUUCUUAAUAAGAAUUUAGCCAAAACUUCUUAUAGGCUUUGAAGCAUCCUUAGCUAAAGCAAUAUAAGAGCAAAAAAUAAAUAAAUAAAGAUGGUCCCUGUUAUGAUGUGCACUGCUGCUUUUGAAAUGUAAUUUCUUAAUAAGAAUUUUGCCAAAACUUCUUAUAGGCUUUGAAGCAUCCUUAGCCAAAGCAAUAUAAGAGCAAAAAAAUAAAUAAAUAAAGAUGAUCCCUGUUAUGAUCUGCACUGCUGCUCUGGAAAUGUUAUUUCUUAAUAAAAAUUUUGUAAAAAUUUCUUAUAGGCUCUGAAGCAUCCUCAGCUUAAGCAAUAUAAGAGCAAAAGAAAU